AUGUUUGGUUCCGGAAAGCACUAUUCCAUGGAAGAGGAGCAAGAAAGGAGGCACGUUAGAGAGAUAGAACUAGAAGGCGGCCAACCAAGCAGGAACAGUGGCCAAACUGGCCUCGACCCUGAGGAGCACAGGAUUGACAUUGUUGAAAUUAGUCCUAGGGAUUUCAAGAAAUUGUACGAAUCGAGGGUAAUUUCAAUCGGGCCUUACCACCAUGGCAAGCCCCACCUUCACCCAGUGCAAAUGAUCAAGCCUCGAUAUGCCCAAAAAUUCCUGGCUGAUAGGAACCGGCUGGACAUCGAAGCUUUGUACACAAAAAUUCUAGGUAAAAUCGAGGAAGUGAGGAACUGCUAUGAUAAGAGACCGAUGAACAAGUAUGAUGAUAAGAAACUCGCUUGGAUGAUGCUUCUGGAUGGGUGUUUUUUACUACAAUUCAUCCGCAGGAUAGAUGAUAUGAGUAAGGUUCUUAGAAAACACCAAAUAAGUUUUGUGCGGCAGGACUUGUUCUUGCUGGAGAACCAACUUCCCUUCGGAGUCCUCAAGUUGAUUUUUGAGGGAGCAAAAUUCAAUGGUGGUUCAACAAUGGAACAGAUGAUAACAUAUUUCGUCACUGGCAUCAGAAGGCUAGAGCGGUCGACAUCAGAAAUACAGCUGGAUGAGCCCUCUCAUCUCCUUGGCCUUUUGCGAAGUGCUCUCCUAGGCGGGUCUAAACAAGAGCAGCAACUCGAGAAAAAAGGAAAGUCGUCGUUGUUUCCAGUAGAAGAUGGGGGUUCCUGUUGCCCAUGGAAAAAAGGCAAACGAGGCAUUCGGCAGUCUUUUCAAAACAUCAAGGAGCUUAAGGCUGUCGGGAUCCAUCUCCAACCAAGUAGAACGAGAUUCUUGACAGACAUUUCUUUCAAUUCCUACUUCUUCCGUGGCUACCUAAAUCUGAUAAAUUAA